AUGUCUCGUCUGUACCUGCUACCCUUCAGCGGAUGCAGGCAGCUCCUCUUCCUUACUUUACCGAUCUUCUGCGCUUGUCACCUCCAACAUUCGUUUUUCUUUUUCUCUUCUCUUUUCUUUCUCUCUUCUUUCUCUUCUUUCUCUUUUUCUCUUUCUCUCUUCUUUUUCUUUUUUUUUUUUUCUUUUUUAUUCUUUUUUUUUUUCCUUUCUGGAAUUCUCUUCCUCUUUCUUUCUCUUUUUUUUUCUGUCCUCUUUCUUUCUUUCGUUCUCUUUUUUUCCUCCUUUUUUUUCUCUUUUCUUUUUUUUCUCUUUUUUGUUAAAAGUCUUUUUUUCUUUUCCUUUUUCUUUCUUUUUUUCUCUUCCUCUUUCAUUUCUUUUUCUUUUUCUUUUCUCUUUUCUUUUCUUUUUCUCUCUUCUCUUUUCUCUUUCUCUUUUUCUUUUUCUUUCUUUUUCUUUCUUUCUUUCUUUUUUUCAAAUUUUUUUCUCUUUCCCUCUCUCUCUUUCCAUAUUCUUUUCCUUCUUUUUUUUUCUCUCAUUCUCUUCUCUCUCAAAGAAUCUUUCUCUCUUUUUUCUCUUAUCUUUUUCUUUUUUUUUCUCUCUUUUCUCACCCUCUUUUCUUUUUGGAAACUUUUUUUCCUUUCUUUUUUUCUUCCUCUUUUACUUUCUCUCAUUCUCUCUCAUUCUCUUUUUCUCUCGUUUCUUUUUCUUUUUCUCUUUUUUUUCUUUUUAGGAAAAUCUCUUUCUUUUCUCAUUUUCUUUUCCUUUUCUCUCUCUCUUUCUUUCUUUCUCUUCCUCUUUUCUUUCUCUUCAUUCUUUCUCACGAAAUUUUUGUCUCUUUCUUUUUUUUCUUUCUUUCUCUUUUCUUUAAAUUUCUUUUUCUUGAAUUCCUCUUUUUCAUUUCCUCUUUCUUUCCCAAAAUCUCUUCCUUCUUUUUUUUCUCUCAUUCUCUCUCUCUUAAAUUUUUCCGUUCUCUUUUCUCUCUCUCUUUCUCUUUCUCUUUCUUUUUCUCUCUCUCUCUCUUUCUCACCCGCUUUUCUCUUUCCCUCUCUCUCUUUCUCCCUUUCUCUUCCUCUUUUUCUUUCUCUCAUUCUCACUCACCCUCGCUUUCUCUCGUUCUCUUUUCUCUCUCUUUCUCUUUCUUUUUUCUCUCUCUCCCUCUUUUUCUCACCCGCCUUUUCUCUCUGUCUUUCUUUCUCUUUUGUUCACUCGCCUUUUCUCUCUCUCUUCUCUCUACCUAUCUCCUUUUCUCUCUUUAAUCAGGGUUAA